AUGGUGGCAACUCGCCGACACCCUGACGGGGAUUUCCCUGAUCCGAAUAGCAGCUCACCCGUCAGCUCCCCAUCCAAACCUUCAUUCCCCAUGACCAAGCAAUCUCAAUCGCCUCGCUCCACCUCCAAAUCUCACCCCCAGUCGACUGCUUCCGGCUACGUCCAUCAAGCCCCAUACUCGCUAACGCUAUGGCUCCUCUUCUCUCUCCCUCUUGUCCUCUGGGAUACCCUCUACGUCUUCUUUCGCCCGCACACCAUGCCGGGAGGCAAGUUUCACUCCCCAAUUUGGACGCCUUAUGCGCUGUAUGGAACAAUAGAUUAUGUGUAUGGGUGGCCGGCAUGGAAUGAGCGCGAAGGGUUUACGGCGGCGCAGGCGAGCUUGAAUGCUGUCGAGACCGUGUUUUAUGGGUAUUAUCUCUGGGUCUUGUGGGCGAGGGCGAGGGCACCCCAUGGAGCUGGACAGAGGAAAGACAUAGCUUGGUUUGUUGGUGCGAGUGAGGAGGGGAGGAGAAAAAUCGUGGAGAAUGGGGGUGUGGCAGUGCUUCUGGUCUUCUCCGGGGCGGUAAUGACGCUUAGUAAGACAGUGUUGUAUUGGUUGAAUGAGUAUUACUCCGGGUUCGCCAACAUUGGGCACAACGAUUUCCUCACCUUAGUCCCAUUUUGGAUCAUUCCCAACGGCGCCUGGCUUGUAUUUCCGAGCUACGUUAUCUACAGUUUGGGUAAGGAGAUCUUAGACGUAUUAAAUAGUUCGAGCCUCAAGGCGAAGAGGUGA